GCGUAGUCUUUUUUGGCGCUCUGCACUGCUCCGCGGCAUCACACGUACAUAAGCCACGCGAACAUAUCUCUCUCUCUCUCUCUCUCUCUCUCACUUUCUCUCAUACCCCGCGAACGCGAGACACGGGUGGAUUCUUUUUCAAAUUUCUGGAGGUUAUGCAGCGACGACGCAAGCUUCAAUUGUGCCUAAUACCGCCGGCCGCCGAACUUUGUUACAUCGUCGGCCUGCGGUUGUUUAUAUCUGCUACUGGUUGAUUUUUCCUCGAACUGGCCUUUAUGAUCCAAUCCACAUAAGUGUGACUUCUUCGCUGCUGUCAUAUUGACGCUAUGCAACCAUUUUCAUCAAGCCAAUCAAUGGCAACGGAAACACCGACGAGUUUGCCACCCGACAGGGUCAGCUCGCCAACGCCAUGUCGCAACUUAACCUUUUCCAUUGCCAAAAUUAUGGAACCGGACAAACGAUUGACAGAAUCGAGUCAACCACAAUCAACGGCAACUGUAGCACUAUCGCCAUCGACAACUUCAUCACCGACAAUACUUCAUCAACCUACCGCGCCAAGUUUGUCGUUAAGUUAUUCGGCGCAUCUGGAGUCUGCAUUUAAAAAAUACGUGCCAACGUUCAGGCAUCAUCAGAAUCUCUUACAGUACUAUCCGUUACUUCAUCAUUACCACUCGAAUCCAUUGUUAAGGUCGUUUCCUAGUCCAUCACCUGCUUCGACGACGACACCAAAUUCAACGUUAAACAAUCGUACACCACCACCGAUACAUAAGGAGAUGUCGAGGUUGUCAUUGUCGCCAGGUUCACCAAAGGAAAGUAGCAGUCGUGAAUCGAAAUCGAAAAGUGCGUCACCAAGGGAUUCGUCAGUUAGUAGUAAUCCAGCGAAACAAAAAAGUUUCACUUGUUUGGAAUGUGGUAAAGUGUUUAAUGCUCAUUACAAUCUCACGAGACACAUGCCAGUACACACUGGCGCUAGGCCCUUCGUUUGUAAGAUAUGUGGCAAAGGAUUUCGACAAGCAAGCACACUGUGCAGGCACAAGAUCAUCCAUACAUCGGAAAAACCUCACAAAUGUCAGACCUGUGGAAAAGCUUUCAAUCGCAGUUCGACGUUGAACACUCACACGAGGAUUCACACGAAUCACAAACCGUUUGUUUGCCAGUACUGUGGCAAAGGUUUCCAUCAGAAGGGUAACUACAAGAAUCACACGCUAACGCACAGUGGUGAGAAAGCCUUCAAGUGUAACAUCUGUAACAAGGCUUUCCAUCAGAUCUACAAUCUCACUUUUCACAUGCACACGCACAACGACAAAAAACCUUUUAGUUGCAAGAUCUGUGGCAAAGGGUUCUGUCGGAAUUUCGAUCUUAAGAAACACAUGAGGAAACUUCACGAUACCGGCUCGCCUAUACCACACAGUGGACUUGGCAAUUCGAGUCCAGUACAACAAUCGAAUUACUCAGCGGUGCAUCAUGGACCGACGGCGCAUGCUUUCGUAAGUCCUUUUCUGUUACCACCGCCUGGAUCCAAUAGUUAUCUUAGCAAGAUGUUGUGACAGGAAAACGUGAAUUUUGGAGCUGUUGGGAAAGGACAGUGCCCGUUGAUUCUUGCACCACAUUGUUAUCCUGCUGAUUUAGGUGCGUUGGUGCAAUCCUCCAAGUGAAUAUUAUAUAUUAGUGAUUAGCAAGAUACUUUAUAAGGACAGUGUCGCAGUGACGUUGCGAACAGUCAACAACCAACUACCUCAAUUCGUCAUCUACGACGCGCGUCGAUGAUGUGUAUAAAUUCAAUCGCUUUGAUUUUAUGU